AAAAAACUGGGAUUUUACCUUCUGUUAACAAUGAUGAAAUUCAGCAUGCAAAUAUUUCUUAUGAUAUUCUUAUUAAGCAAGAAGAAGAUAAUAUCAAGGCAUCAGUUACUAAAUUAGACCAAACAGCUUUACCUCAAGUUAACAAAUAUCUUCAACUUAAUAAUGCACAAAUUUUUACUGAAGAAGAAUUAAAUAAUACUGAAAUUGUCAAAUUAGUAUUAAUAGAACAGCAGCAAAAGGAACAGGAAUCCAACAAUUCAGACGAAGAGCCUUCAAAAAUUUCAGUUUCAGAAGGAUUUGCAGGUCUAAAAAAAUUUAUAGAGUUUUUUGAGCAACAAAGUGACCAAUAUUUUAGAUCAGAAGAUUUAAAUGUUAUUCGAAAAUAUUUACCUAUAAUGAGAUGUAAAGACAUAAAGUCUAAAAAGCAAAGUUCUAUUACAAAUUUUUUUAUGCCUGCAGAGGCAAAUUAA